CACCAUUUCCUGACCGCAAUCGAACGUUCUUUUGCGCAUCAAAACUGCCAAGAUGUCUUUCGCAAGAUCUAUAGUUCGCUCUUCGGGGCUAGGCGCGGGUGCGCGCGCAAGGCUCAGCCCUCUCGUUGCCUCGCAAGCUCAAACCACUUCUCGCCGAUUCCAGUCCGUGUAUCCCACCACUGGUGCGGACUUCAUCGCUGAGCGCCGACACCAGGAGGAGCACGCUGCUAAGUCCGCAGAACUCUGGCGCAGGAUCUUCUACUACGUGUGCAUCCCAGGAACCAUCGUCCUUGGCAUCUACAUCUACGGCAUCGAAGCUGAGCACAUUCAUCAUCGUGACCACGAGAUUGAGGAGAACGGUGGACAGCUGCCAGAGAGGACCCAGUACGACUACAACAACAUUCGUAAGAAGCCAUUCCCUUGGGGCAACAACUCUAUUUUCUUCAACCCUAAGGCCAAUGUGGACAUGAGCGAGGCCUAGUGUUGGGACCGAUAGACGCAACAAAGUCUGAUCCGAACAUUCCUCUGUAG